UCGUCUUUUAAUUUUUCAAUUGUGAAAUUAUCUAAAGUCGAGUUAGUGGAGGGCUUCAAGUGGCCAGUUUUGUGAGUGUCAAGUUAAUAUAAUUUUAUCAAUCACAGCGUAGUUAUAGGGCUUUGUAGUAUACCGAGUAUACCAUGUCCAACUAGCCUUAAGUGGCAGCUCUGCCUUAAAAGAUAUUUGAAGUGCAUCAUUUUGUGAAGUUUCCGGGAUAUCCACUUUUUCUCUCUUUUGUUACAUUUCUGCAUCAUUAUUAUCUUUAGGUAUGGACUUGGGUUCAUUGCUGUGGAAAGUCUUUAAAGCAAUCAACAAUCAAUGAUCUUAGACUAGUACUGUUGAUUGUCAUUCAGCACAAUAAUUACUCACUACUAUGUGUAUUACAGCUCUCUGAUACUAGUGGUGCCUAAGUUUAACCUGUUCUGUGCAUGAUUAAGUUCAAUGUCCAUUCUGAUCCCCACUGAGAUAAGAUUAAGCCAUGAGACAGGAUGACAGGUUGAGAUAACAAUCUUAUCAAUGACUUUUAGUUGCUAUUCUGUUGUGGGCCGCUAAGGUAAUACAGAAAGAAUGUCCGGCCUAGCACAAUUUCCUCCCUCGUUUUAUUACAAACAGCACGUUAGCAUCAGUAAAGCCAUAAACGCAAUUGAAUGCCCAGUAAAGGAAAAACAUGUUCGCAGUGCUAUUAUUGGCACAUUCCAGGAAAAGAGUUCUCGGACUUUUUGGGAGAGUGUAAAUCGUUUGCCUCUUGAGGGCAACAGAAUUGUGGCAUGGAAGUUUUGUCAUGUCCUUCACAAAAUUUUACGUGAAGGCUAUGAAUCAGUUGUUCCACAGUCUCAGAGAUACAAAGACAAGAUAAGAAAUAUCGGAAAGCUAUGGGGUCACCUGAAAGAAAGCUAUGGAAAAUUAAUCCAGCAGUACACUCAAUUGCUGAUUGUAAAGUUGGACUUCCAUAGGAGAAACCCCCGCUUUCCUGGCAACUUAGCAGUUUCCCAAGAAGAUCUUGACUCUAUUGGAGAAAAUAAUGUUAAUAACUAUUUUGAAAUGGCUGUAGAAAUGUUUGAUUACAUGGAUGAAAUACUUGCUCUUCAAAGUGCCAUAUUUGGAUCUUUAGACAUGUCAAGGUCAAAUUCAAUGACAAGCUGUGGGCAAUGCCGUUUGGCCCCAUUGAUUCCAUGCAUUCAGGACUCAUCUCAGUUAUAUGAUUAUUGUGUCAAGAUUCUUUUCAAGCUUCAUUCGGAGCUUCCUGCAGAUACUUUACAAGGUCAUAGAGAACGUUUUUCAAAACAGUUCAAGGACUUGAAACAGUUCUAUUUGAGUGCAAACACCUUGCAAUAUUUUCGCAACCUAAUUGUUAUACCACCUUUACCAGAGAAAGCACCAAAUUUCUUGAUUCAAUCUGAGUUUUUGGGCUAUGUGACACCUGUUGUGCGACUGCCCACAGACUUGGAACAAUCUGAAGCUGAUGCAUCGGAAUUUAAUGAUGCCUCUGAUGCAGGCUCACCAUCAGGCUCAUUGUCAGGAGACCUUGUGGAUUUGAGUGUGCCUCAGCUUGCCCCUGCUGCUCCCUCUGAUGAAUGGAUACAACGAAUAGAGCUAUUGCAGCAAGAGCACUUUCAACGAAUGGAUAAAUUACAGCAAGAACAUAUUCACAAAGUGGAGCAAUUGCAACAGGAAAAUAAUAAAUUAAGACAAGAUCACCAUGUAAUUGUGGAUCGCCUGCAUAACCGUCUAGCAGAUUUGGAAACGGCUCUAGCAACCAAAGAUUCUGAGCUUUUACAAGAAAAACAGCUUCAUGAAGACCUCAUGCGUCAGACAACUGUUGCUGAUAAAACUGAGGAAGCUGAAAAACGUGCCAAAGCUUUUGAAGAUAAGUUUUUGAGGCUCAAAGAAGUCUACAGCAAGCUGCGAGAAGAGCACAUCCAGCUCCUUCGUCAGAAAGCAGAUGUGGAUAAACAGAUCACUGGAAUUCAAAAGGCAAAUGAAGAGGCAGAGAAGCGGAAAUUAGAAGUUGAAGCACAAUUGACAGAACUGGUAGCUGAUCGCGAUAAAGUUUUGGUUUUAACCAAAGAAUUGGAAAAGUCACAAAUCGAAUUACAGAAAGCUCAACUAAUAACUCAAGAGCAGCAUAAUGCCCUCAAAAAUAUUUUAGUUGCUUGUAUCAGUGAAGCAGAAGUUAUAGUGGAAAAAUCUGUUCAUGAAGUAGAUAACCCCGCUAUAUCAGCAUUGUCAUGCACUCCAGACUACUUUGAAACUUUGGUAGUACCACUGCGGGAUUCGAUUGUUGCUCUCCCUACUAUGGUACCUCACUCAGUUGAGACUGUAAUUGGGAACUGGUCCUAUUUUGAAAAACUUAUACGUCAUGUGAUUCAGAUGGCCCAUUUGUCAGCUGCCUAUACAUUGCAAGCCAAGGCAACAUCCAACACUUCUCCUGACAUUGAAUUAGGAGAACAUAUGGCUGAAAAAUGUAAAGAUUUUGGUGGCUCAAUUUUAUCACUAUUAAGAUGUGUCAAAGAUGAAGAGGGUAGCCAAGUUGUAAAGCAGCUCGCUGACUCUGCUGUGGAGAAAAUGGAUGAAUUAGGAAGUCUGCUUGAAAGACUGACUGGUCAGAUAAAGGGUGAUUCUGUGGAAAUCGUUGGUGAUAUGGUUGAGACUGAGUUAGCAAACAUGGAUAAAGCUAUAGAGGAAGCUGCUAGCAGAAUUGCUGAAAUUCUCAGUAAAUCUCGCACAAGAGACUCUGGUCUAAAGCUAGAAGUGAAUGAAAAGAUUCUAGACACUUGUACUGCUCUUAUGUUAGCUAUUAGGAUACUUGUUCAGAAAGCACGCCUCUUACAGGCUGAGAUUGUGGCUAAAGGAAAGGGCACCGCCUCUGCUAAAGAAUUCUAUAAGAGAAACCAUCAAUGGACUGAAGGCCUCAUUUCUGCUGCUAAGGCUGUUGCAAUGGGAGCAAAGUUUUUGUUAACGGCUGCUGACAAGGUGGUUAGUGGCGAGGGCAAACUAGAAUCUCUCAUUGUUGCAUCUCAAGAGAUUGCUGCUAGCACUGCCCAGCUUGUUGUUGCAAGUCGAGUGAAAGCAUCGCGAGAUAGUGCCAAUCUUACUGCAUUGUCACAGGCAUCGCGAGGUGUUACUCAAGCAACUGGACAAGUAGUUGCAACAGCAAAAGACUGUGCUCAACUCAUUGAAGAUAAUGAAGAGCUAGAUGUGUCCGGUCUGACACUCCAUCAGGCUAAACGCCUUGAAAUGGACUGUCAAGUUAAGGUUUUAGAACUGGAGGCAUCUCUGCAACAAGAAAGGCAGCGUUUGGCAGCAUUGCGACGGCAACACUAUCAGCUUGCUGGUGAUGUUGAAGGCUGGGAAAUUAUGGAUAAACCAUGAUGAGUGCUGGAUGCGUUCUACCUUCAGUUUUAUAAUUUAAAAUGAUAGUGAUUCAUUUCAUAAUAGCGUCAUGUCUACCCAACUCUUACAAAAUUGUCCGCUACCGGUAAUUAUUCUCUUAAUGCUAUGGUUCACCAGUUCAUUCAUUUAGUGAACUUCAGGUUUCAAUUUACUUUCUGAACAUCAAAGUCCUGAUAGAUAUGUUGGUUGUUUGAUUUGCAUUUGUUCAAUCUGCUGUUUGUUUUGCAUAUCAUGUUUUGCAAUUUUACUUUUACUUAUUUUAUUACUGGUUUUUUGACUAGUUAAGCCAAAGUUGUUUUGACCAAUUCUGACACAUGGAAUAGAUUUCUCUCUACUUGUGCCCAGUCAUGUUUGUAAAAUCAUCAGAUGAUUACAGUAUUAGUGUUUCUAAUUAUUUAUUACUGGUUCUGUAGUUUACAGUAGUAGGAUGAAUUUUAGUAUCUUAUGUUUUUGUUAGACUAAUAGUUUAGUUAUCUUAUCUAACUUUGGUUAUUUUUAUUUGUUAAUCUGAUUCCAAGUUCUAUAUAUUUAUGCUUACAACCUAUAUUGUUACUUUGCUUACUCCUUGAUUGACCUGUCCCCUUUUCUGAGUUGUCUUUGAAACUCAUCAAGGAUGUAUUUUGACUGAAUUGUUGCCCUCAAACCCUUAAAGCUGUAGCAUGAUCAUUUGUUUUAGCAUAAAAAUUGGUUGUUAAUUAUGUACGGACACCAGUAUGCCUGAGUUCAUUUUCUUUGUUGUUUGUGGUAAAUUUAAUCAUUCCUAUAUAUUUUGACUUUCAGUUUUGCAUUCCUCAGAAUAAUUUGUAAAGCAAAUCUGAAAUACUAAUCAACUUGAUUAUUUUUUUUAAAUGCAGCGGUUUUGAGCAAAGUUGGGCCAGAGUGUGUUUACUCCUGCUUUCUUAAAUUUUCAGCGUUUUGUUUCUAAUUCUUUUACCAGGCUCUUUUUUGGUAAAAGAGAGAUAGGUGUAGAGACUUUCGGGGUCGAGUGGAGAAGCCCAGAGUUGGUGAGCCUUCUUAGGCUUUGUGCUGUGCCAAUUUAAAAAGAAAGCUUGGAAUACAAAAAGGGCUGGCAGUUUUAAUGCAUGACUAGCAGUCUUGGUUAACUUUGUUAAUCAUUUGGCACCUAAAUAAGAAUUCAUAGAAACCAUAUAUUUUCCCAUAUAUCCUAUAAUUUAGAACUAAUAGAUUUAACAUUCUUUGUAUACUUGGUCCGGUUACCGAUUUGAUUAUGUUGUGCCUUGUUGCAGGAUAGAUUUAACACAUGUUGGUUGUUAUCCUACCAUUUAGUAUAAUUUAUUUUAAAAACUAUAUUUUUACAAAGUUUAGGCUGAUGUGAAUGUAAGCAAAUUGACAAGUUUCUGUGUUCUUUUGACACAGCUUACACUAUUUGUAUCAAUCAAUUAUGGGCAGAAACAUUGCCUCAAUAAAAUAUGGAAGCAUUUAAGUACUACUUACAGGAAAGUUACCCAGCUAAAUGGUAAGAACUUUUAUAUGAAUACUGAAAUAAAGAAAAUUUUAAUCAAUCA